GCUUACGUGAGCAAGCAGCGGCGCUUUUCUUCUUUUCCCCACCGCCGUCAAAAGCUUCAAAUUCCUAAGCCCCGUCCCCUUUCGCUUCCCUUUUCCCUAUCCUACUCUCUUCUGCACCUCUCUCUGUACGUACGACCUGCUCCUACUCAAAAUCAAUCUAUCGUCGGUGUAUUUUCGCAUCGACACAAAGCCAAGCCUUUUCUGACGCUCGCAAAUCUUUCUUGUGUCCUUUGCAGCUUGACGUACUUCGCUUACCGAUCGCGAAUAAUCCUUUGAAGAAAAGAAAAGAAAGAAAGAAUCCAAAAUGGCCGGUGCUCGUGGAUGCUUCAACUGUGGUGGAUACGGCCACCAAGCUGCUGCCUGCCCAAAGGCCGGGAACCCAACAUGCUACAACUGUGGUUUGGAGGGACAUGUCUCCCGCGACUGCACGGCGGAGCCCAAAGCGAAGACCUGCUAUAAAUGCAACCAGGAAGGCCACAUCUCUCGCGACUGCCCCGAAAAUGUGACCCAGACCAGCACCUACAGCGGCGGCGGAGGGUAUGCUUCCAGCCAGGAAUGCUACCGUUGCGGAAAAACUGGCCACAUCGCUCGUCAGUGCCCUGACACCAGCGCGGGUGGCUACCAACCGGCAUACGGUGCUUUCAGUGGUGGUUCGCAGAGAACCUGCUUCACAUGCGGUGGUGUAGGUCACUUGUCUCGCGAUUGCGUGCAAGGAUCAAAAUGCUACAACUGCUCUGGCUUCGGUCACAUCAGCAAGGACUGCCCUCAGCCUCAGAAGCGGGCUUGCUACACCUGUGGUUCUGAAGGCCACAUCUCCCGUGAUUGCCCCCAGGCGAAUGGAGGCGCGCCGGCCGCUGAGGAGGAGGCCUCUUGAGCGUUGGUCCCAUUCGUUGGUCCUGUUUCGAUUAUGUUCGUGUGUAUCAUGGCGUCCGUAUUUCUUGACACCCUCACUGUAUUCCGUAACGAUUCGAUUGCUGCAGUUGUAUCGAGGGGUAGCUACGAAUAUAGCAUAGUAUACUCUACGAUUGAAUCUACACUAGUUGUCUGAUAUCU